GCCUGCCGUCGACCCGCCCACGAGGUGGCCUCGGUGUCUACGUAUCAGGUCCUGUGACUGGACUCGCCUAGUAGUUUCUGCCUGGCGACCUCGCUCCCGCUAGCCAUCUCCGCAGCUUCUCAAACGCACACCCAACGCGCUUUCUCGUAGGAGGCAGGAACUACAUCUCCCGGCAGGCAGCAUCGCCCCCUCCUUCCUCCUCUCCGGCUCUCCAGCUCCGGCUGCCGCGUGACCCGAGGGUACUGGAGCUGCGGUCCUGACUUCAGUUUUACCUCCUCGGCCGCCCGGGCGGGAGCGGGGCGAGAGGAGCUGCAGUCCCGCGCCGGCCCCGCGCACGGGGUCGCUGAGCCACCAGCGACUGUUCCGCAGCUCCUGCGCCCUGAGCAUCCGCCGCGAGCAACCCGCGGGGCAACGCGCAUGGCCUCUGCGGGCGCGCGGCGGCUGCCGGCCGGGAUGCGCACCGCUGUCCAGCGUCCCGGGUGUCUCUCGCUCCGCCCGGCCCCGCCCCCGGGUCCUCCGGGACCGCCGGGACCAAUGAGGUUUCUCAUCUCCUGCAGCCUCUUCUUGCCCCGUGCUGCGCAGGCCUUGACAGCCGAGGUCGGCUUACCCCCCAGUCGUUCUUUUAUGGGCUUUACUGCCCCCUUCACCAACAAGCGAAAGGCCUACUCAGAGCGCAGGAUCAUGGGGUACUCAAUGCAGGAGAUGUAUGAGGUGGUAGCCAAUGUCCAGGAAUAUCGUGAGUUUGUGCCCUGGUGUAAGAAGUCUCUGGUGGUUUCCAGCCGCAAGGGUCACCUGAAGGCUCAGUUGGAGGUUGGCUUUCCACCUGUCUUGGAGCGCUACACCUCUGCGGUUUCCAUGGUCAAACCUCACAUGGUCAAGGCUGUUUGCACUGAUGGGAAGCUCUUCAACCACUUGGAGACUAUUUGGCGAUUCAGUCCGGGUAUUCCUGCCUAUCCACGAACCUGCACUGUGGAUUUUUCGAUUUCCUUUGAAUUUCGCUCUUUGCUGCACUCCCAGCUGGCCACCAUGUUUUUUGAUGAGGUUGUCAAACAGAAUGUUGCUGCUUUUGAGCGCCGGGCAGCCACCAAGUUUGGUCCAGAAACAGCCAUCCCCCGUGAGCUGAUGUUUCAUGAGGUGCACCAGACUUGAGGCAGGGGGCUGCUCCCUGGCCUUCACUCACUCCCCUCCUAACUCAGUUCUCUUAUUUAUUUGGUCUGGCUCCCACUCCAGUUGGAGAGGAGUCUGUAACACUGUUCCUCCCAUUCCCCAGAUACUGGGCCCUGCAUUAGUUGGAAAUGCUGAGGGCUUAUGGAAACUAGACACACCCAGGAAAGGGUUAGGCUUACCCCACAAGUCCCAUAUGCCUGCAGCCUGUUCACUGUGUGGUUGUUUCUGGGCCCUGGAAGGAUGCUCCAGUAUCUGACUGGGAAGAGAACUUCUUGGACUUUUGAAUAAACUUGAGCUUCUCCUCUGGCACACAGAUACUGGGUGGUAAAUAACUUUUACCCUGCUGAGAAUCCUCAGGAAAAAACAACCUGUCCUCAGCUUGACAUCCACGUUGCCUCAGUUCAAGAGUAUUCCUAAGCCUAAUGUGCUGGUAUACUCCUCUAAUCCCAGCCCCAGGAGGCUGAGGCAGGAACAUCACCAGUUUAAGAUCAACCUGAACUACACAGUGAGUU